AUGACAAUGUCCAUAGGAGAUCGACCAUAUUUUUAUAUGUUUCACGUAUGGUGUCAACUGUCACUGUAUUAUGGUUCAUUAUUAUCUCGUACAAAUAAAACAUCAAUUUUAACAGUUAAAAUACAAUUUAUUCUUUAUUCAUGUAUUGAUUAUGUUUUAAUGACAACAAUUGAUUUAAAAUAUUUUUUAAAACUUCUUCAAUAUAUUCAUAUGAUUUUAGAAGAAUUAUUUAAUAUAAUUGGUUCAACAGAUAUACGUAAUAAAAAUAGUUAUUGGUAUUCAAUUAUGGAUCGUUUAUCCGAAAAUCUUAUUCGUUUACUUGAUUGGUGUAUACAACAACAUUCAAUAAUUAACCUUGAUUUAAUUGUAAGAGAUAAUAUAUCGUCAGUAUUAUUAGUUCCAUUUGAACAAUCAUUAAUUACAACUAAUUAUAAAUAUGAACAACGAAAAUCAACACUUUUCUGUAAUAAAACAACAUUAUCAUAUAUUAUUAAUUUAUUUAAUACAAUUAGUAUUCAAACUGCAGGCAAAAGACAUUUAAGACGUUUAGGUUUAGUAAAAACUAUUCUCUAUAUCUGUAAACAAAUAGGUCCAACAAGUAUUACAUAUGAUAUUUUAAAUUUAUUUUCAAAAUUACUUUCUGGUCAAGAUUUACGAAAAGAAAAUAUUAUUAAACGUAUAGCACAAAUGUUAAAUAUAAAAAUAUCAAAUGUAUUUCAAGAUUUUUUACAAACUUUAACAACAGUAGAUGAAAUACGUCAAAAUCUAUCAUAUGUGAAUGAUAAUGCAUUUGAAUCAACUGAUCAAAAUUUGACAACAUUUCAUGAUCUUAUACCAAAAUUUAAAAAUAUAAUUGAUUUUAUACAAAUAGUACAACGUUUUCUUCUACAUACCCCCAUAGCUAUUGAAAUUGGAAAAAUUAAUUUAAUAAUUAGUAUUAUCAUUGAUAUUAUAUUAAUAUUUCAUGAAUUAGAACCAUAUUCUCAAAGAAUCGAACAAACGCAUAAUACAGUGACAGUUGACACCAUACGUGAAACAUAUAAAAAUAUGGUCGAUCUCCUAUGGACAUUGUCAUUUACAGUAAAUAGUCAUGAUUCAAUUAAAAAGCGAGCAGAAUUCGUUCGUCUACUCCGACUUCAAAAUACACAGUCUCCAUCACACAUAAAUAUAUACUUUGAUGGAAUAUUGUGGAAUCUCGACAAUAGUAGUGGAGCUGAACACAUGAUGAAUGGACCAACAGAAAGCGAUACUGAUCAAUUGACUACGAAUUUAAUCAUGAACGUGAGCAAUGACACAAUAGAUACAAAUAUUCGAAUACGUGAUCGUUUAACACGAGAAAAUUACAAUGUUGAGAUUAUCACAUUAAAAUGUCCCGAUAUUUUCUCACUUAAGGAUAUAACUAGUUGUAUCGAGAAGAGUAGUUUGACAAUAAUAUGCGCAAAUAAUGAAAUGAAAACAGACAAUUUAUCUCGUCUAUGUGUCAUAUUAAAUCGUUAUUUAAAUAAACCGUUGAUAACAAUUGUUGUUGAAAAUGAAUUUGAUGUUGAAGAUAGCUGGCUAUCGACAACGAUUACCGAAACAAAAAUAACAGCAAAUUUUUCCAAUCAUUUUGAUUUUUCAAAUGAAUUAUUAGUUGCGGAAAUAAAUCAAAUUCUAACUACAGAUAAACCAAAAACACCACGAACAAUAACAUUGCCAGAUAUUGUUCGAGAUGAACAACAUCAUUCAAAUGAUAAACGACGUUUUCAAAGGAAAAUUAUCUCAAGACCCGCAUCCGCUUCAACUCUUUAUCAAACACCACCAACAGUAUCAUUUUCUGAUCAUAAAUCAUCCACAACUAGUAGUCGAAAAGAUGUUCGUUCAUUAUCAAUUAAUUCAGAUCAAUUGUCGGAAAAUCAAACAAAUAAUGAUAAUAGUAAUAAUAAUGGUGAAUUAUCAUCAUUUGACAAUCAACAAAUAACACAAUCAUUUCAUUUUCAACACGAAACAAGACCACAAAAUUCUGUUGCAUGUGUAACACGAAAUUAUAUGCUUAGACCGUUAUCUCAAUGGACAGAAUAUGAUGUUAGUGAUUGGUGUGAAGCAAAUUCAUUUCAUUGUUUGGAACCAUUAAUCAUACGUCUAAAUGGACAAGCUCUCAUUAAUCUAAGUGAAAUAUUGAAUAUUGAACCAGCAGCUAUGUAUCAUAGUUUAAAUGAAGAGCUUUUGACACGAACAGGAAACAAUCUUCCCAUCACAGAAUAUGUCUCAUUACGAAGUGAAUUACAAAAACUAUUGGCAAGAAGAGUCAUACGAAAAAAGCGGACAAAAAUAAAAUUUUGUGCUAUUUUAUAG